GAAAGGAUGGCGGCACUUCGAGACUACCAGGAGGAGGUGGUGAAGAUUGCACGUGAGCGCAAUGUGAUCAUGGUGGGCAACACCGGGAUUGGGAAGACGUUCGUGUCGAUCAUGCUGCUUCGCGAGCAAGACUACUCGCUCAAACGUGCGUUUGUGAUGGCGCCGACGCGACAACUCGUGUCCCAAAUCCACUCCAAGAUCGUCAAGCUCACGUCGCUCAAGGUCGACGCGUACUGCGGACGGGAGCUCGAGGUGUGGGACAAGAUGAAGUGGGAGCACGAGAUUCUGCUCAACAGCGUGUUCGUGUGCACCCCCGAGAUCUUGCGCAACCUCAUCACCAAGGGAUACAUCACCAUGGAUCGCAUCAACCUGCUCAUCUUUGACGAGUGCCAUCACGUGGGCAAGCGCCACCCGUACAACCAAAUCAUGAAGCUGUACGACCCCACGGACAAGCGCAUGCCGCGCGUGUUUGGAACCACAGCAUGUCCGACCAAGCACUGCAGCGUCAACAUGCAUGCCGUGGUCAAGAAAAUCACACUGCACGCCCACGACCUGGCGAAGUACGCGGCCUGUGCGCCCGUGAUACACGAAACGUACGAGCCCAACGUCGACUGCCACCCGUCCACGGUUGUGGACAUUGUGUCGCGGCUGCUGUCAGAGCUGGACGUGCUCGACGUGUUCAGUGCGUUGCUGUCACAAGGCAAGUACCGCCAUACGAGCACUGCCGAGAAGCGCGGGAAGCGCAUGACCAAACUCCUGGACGACUGCAAAACCAUCUACCAGAACCUCGGGCCGUGGUGCAUGUACCGGUUCAUCGAGCUCGAGAUCGACAAGCAGGCGCGGUCUUCGUCCGUGCGGUGGACAUCCGCGGAUAGCGUCGUGGGGCUGGACGUCCGCGCCGUGGACGUGCUUCUGCGCUGCGCCGACAAGCGCCUCCAGACGCGGAUGGCGUGCACCCCCAAGGUGGACAAGAUCGUCUCCAUUCUCCACGACAAACUCUUUGCCGGCCGCAUCCCCCUCGCGACCCCUGAAACGUCCAUGGCGCAACUCCACGGGGAACAAGCCACGCACCAAGAUGAGGCCGACCUUGCAGCCAUGUUGGAAGACGCCGUGUACGUGGAUGCAGUCGAUGGCAGCGACGACGACGACGCAAUGAGCGGCGAAGAAGACGAAGACACCUUGCAGUUUGAGCCCCUUCUCCCCCACGACCAUGACUCGGGGGCGAAUGAUUCGCUGGACACACAGCUCAAGUGUGUCAUCUUUGUUAACCGCCGGGCCGAGUGCCGAGCCUUGACAGACUACUUGAACGCCAAAUUUGUCGCCCCCGCAGCGAUUGGUCGAGAGGUUGACGACGACGACGAAGAUGUGGUGAUGCAGCACGACAAUCGACACGAUUUGUUUGGGUGCAUGUUGGGCCAAGCCAGUGCAAGUGACGCCGCGUCCUACGAUAUCCCAGACAUGCAAUCGAUGCUCCAAGCGUUCGAGUCGGGUGCCGUGCGCGUCCUCGUGUCCACGUCCGUGUCGUGCGAAGGCGUCGACUUUCCGUUGUGUUCAAUGGUCAUAUGUGGCGAUCCGCUCACGUGCCCCCGCAAGUUUAUUCAGGUUCGAGGCAGAGCGCGGCACACGGACGGCGUGUGCUUUUACCUGACGGAUGUGUCGUCAGUCGAGGACGGCGCCAUGUUUGAUGUGCUCACGCGGCAAGCCGAAGAGAUCAGUGCGUUGAAAUUCGGCUGCGAUAAGCAAGUGACGCUGGGCAUGGAACCGCGGUCAAUCGUCGCCUUGGCCCAGUCGCGAGAGUACACAAUCGUCGGCCUCGACGACGGCGAGCUCGUGGCGGCCACGUGUUCGCUGCGGGUGGAGAAGUCUGGCGCGGUGCUCGACUUGGACUCGAGCAUCUCGGCGCUCCACAUGUUUUGCCAGUCGUUGCCGGAUUAUGAAAAGAUGGUGCUAAAGCCCUCGUUUGAGUUUGUGGAAGCACGCAUUGACAAAUUGCCCAUGUUCAAAGCCAAACUGACGCUGCCCGCCCCCGUGGGUCUCGCGGCCAUUGAAACGGGCUUCAUGCGGACGAAAACUAUCGCUAAAGCAUUGGCGGCCUUUCACGCGUGCGAAAUGCUGCUCCGCCAAGGCCGACUGGACGACAACCUCAACUCGGUGUACCGCCGGACCAAACUACGGGAUGUAGUGCUUGCCAAUGAAAUCCAAGCCCUACACGACCGUCAAGUGAACAAGGCCCUUCGCAAACAAGUGCGAAACAUGUAGCGACGACGAAAUGCCUUGAAAUUUACGAAGUAUAUGUAAAUGCCAUCGUUUUAUGUCGAGG